UUUCUUUUUUUAAAAAUUUGCAUCCACUUUGUUUUCUUUCUCAUGUGGAGCUAUUGGGAAGGUAAAGCCUGCGUAACACAAGCUGCUUGUAUUUAAUAAGGGGGACGAGCACAAAGUAAGACGAUGACAGCGCUUUAACCUAACUUUGAGCAUUAUAUAAACUUAAGAGCGCGUGCCUCUUACAAACUAAUCCUACAACAAUGAUCAAUGGAUAAGCUGUGAAACAUAAGAACACUCAUGUGCUGCAAACUGUACAAAAAAUAGGUCAGUGCGUUUAUGAUCCUGGUGUUUUGCUAUUUUUUUAAGUCAUCAUGCAGAAAGAACAUUUAUUCAAAGUUCUAGUCAUCGGAGACCUCGGAGUUGGAAAAACGUCAAUAAUCAAAAGAUACGUUCAUCAGAUAUUUUCUCAACAUUAUCGCGCAACUAUUGGAGUGGAUUUUGCUCUUAAAGUCCUUCAAUGGGACAGUCAGACGGUGGUCCGGCUGCAGUUAUGGGACAUAGCAGGACAGGAACGCUAUGGGAACAUGACCCGGGUUUACUAUCGGGAGGCCGUGGGAGCCCUCAUAGUAUUUGACGUGACCAGAGCUUCCACAUUUGAUGCAGUGCAGAAAUGGAAAGACGACCUGGACUUGAAGGUCUCUCUCGGCAACGGCAAGCCUGUCCCAACUGUGCUUCUAGCCAACAAGUCUGACCAGUCACGUGAAGGUCUGCGCUCCCAGAUCCCAAAGCUUGAUACGUUCUGCAAAGAGAACGGAUUUGUGGGUUGGUUUGAGACCUCUGCAAAGGACAACACCAACAUUGAAACGGCAGCGAAAUGUCUGGUGGAUCACAUUUUAGCCCAUGAAGAGAACAUCACCAGCAACACAGACCCAGAUGUGGUGGCCCUUCCCGGGUACAACAACAACACCAAAGAACGGGUCCGAGCCAGAUGCAAGGCCUGUUCCAGAUUUUGAAUACAGGAGGAUGAAAGUCAGUGAGAAAGAAAUGAAGAAGCAGUUUGACCAUUUAAUGCUAAAACAAUGAGAUUCAUCUUCAAGACACAAGAAAAGCAACAAAAUGGCGGGGACUGUGAAGAAGGAUUGUGCUGAUUAUAUGUAGCGUGAAAUCUCACAUCAUUAGAUAGACCAGCGCUUUGAUUUUCAACCAUUUCACUCAUCAGUGUUCUGUUUACAGGUGAAUGCGCUGCGAUUUUAGCCAGGUACCAGCUAUUUUUAUGACACAAGUCCAGUUACAAAAUAUGCAUUUCUUUCUGUUUUGUGUGUGGACUCUUUGAAAGCAUGUAAUAUUUAUGAAAAGUGGCCUCUGAUUCAGUUAUAAGAUUAAAAAACUAUUAUAUGCACACAAGAUGCCUUAAUACUUGUUAAGCUACAGUAUCAUGUAACCUCUUGCAUUAAAAAUAAAAAAUAAAGCAUACAGUA